AUGGCUUCGACCCAAGACCAGAAUGUCAGAUCUAUAGAGGAAUUGCGCGAAGAGUCGCCCAUGGCUUUCAACAGCUUCGCCUUCACGCCGUCUCAGUUACACAAGUUGAUGACGUUUCGCAGCCUCGAAGCUCUCGACUACUUUGGCGGCACUCGCGGUCUGGCCGCUGGUCUCCGUACUGACAUCGCUGCCGGCCUCAGUGCCGACGAGACAAACCUCGAGGGAUCCGUCUCGUUCGACGAGGCUGUGGCUGCUGGCAGGGAAGCGCGCCCCCCCGUAUUGCAGAGCGUUCACUCGCCGUCGACACAUCAUGCAUACCACGCUCUACGUCUCGGAGACGGGCCUGAGCCCCGUUUCGCGGAUCGAAGACGAAUAUUCGGAGCCAAUCGACUUCCGCGCCGCAAACAAAAAUCCUUUUUCAAACUCAUGUGGAUCGCCUUUAACGACAAGCUGCUCAUUCUCCUCACAAUAUCAGCCUGCAUAUCCUUGGCCAUUGGCAUCUACCAAUCUGUCAGCGCCGAGGAGGGCAUGUCCAACAUUGAGUGGGUUGACGGCGUAACUGUUGUUGUUGCGAUAGUCAUUAUUGUUCUUGCAAGCGCCGCCAACGACUGGCAGAAGAACCACAAGUUCGAAAAGUUAAAUGAGCGCAAGAAACAUCGAGAAGCCACCGUCUUCAGAUCUGGGAGAGCGCAGCUCAUACCUAUACAAGAGGUCAAUGUCGGAGAUGUAAUGCAUAUCGAAGCGGGCCAAGUCGUUGCUGUUGACGGUGUUCUUUUGCAAGCUUCUGGUCUCCAUAUUAACGAAUCCUCAAUGUCUGGUGAAUCUGCAAUGGUACGCAAGACCGUCCCCGGCGACCACGAUGCCUCCCAUGCCAUGCUUGCCGAUCCCUUCAUUCUGAGCGGAACUACCGUCACCCGAGGCGUGGGACGCUACCUAGUCACCUCGGUUGGUUCCAACUCUACUUUUGGCCGAACUCUCAUGACCCUGCGUGAAGACGUGGACGAGACGCCAUUGCAAGCCAAACUGGGGCGGCUAGGCAAGCAGCUCAUUGUGUUUGGAGUCAUUAUUGGCGCCAUCUUCUUCGUCAUUUUGUUCGUCCGAUAUUUGGUUCGACUGAAAUCAAUGGCAAGCAAAGGACCGUCCAAUAAGGCCGAAGAAUUCUUUCACAUCCUCAUUCUGUCUAUAACCGUCGUCAUUAUAACCGUACCCGAGGGCUUGGCAUUGAACGUCACGGUUGCGCUUGCGUUUGCUACUACACGCAUGCUUCGUGACAACAAUUUGGUUCGACUCAUCCGUUCAUGCGAAGUAAUGGGAAAUGCUACCUGCGUCUGCUCCGACAAGACCGGCACUCUUACGCAGAAUAAAAUGACAAUCGUUGCUGGUCGCAUUGGUCUUUCUGGUACUUUCGAUGACACGGACUCCCCCAUUGUUGGAGCUGGACAGCCUCAGCUGGACUCUGGUGUGACUGGGAGCGAAGGAUCGACGAAGCUCGUCUCCUCAAUGUCAUACGAGGUCAAGGACCUUAUCAAAGACAGCAUUGCGCUGAACUCCACUGCUUUCGAGAGCGACGACUCCAAAGGUUCCGAGUAUUUCGGUUCCAGCACAGAAACGGCAAUGCUCAAUUUCAGCCGGGACCAUUUGGGAUUGGGGCUCUUGAGAACUGAGCGGGCCAACAACCCGGUCCUGACUAUGCUUCCGUUUGAAUCGUCUCGAAAGUGGAUGGCAGUGCUCAUCCGGCUCCCCAAUGGAAGGUAUAGAUUACUAGUCAAGGGUGCCGCUGAAAUUGUUUUUGAGUUUUGCGCUUAUAUUUUGGAAGACCAUACAUACCAACUCACGGCUGCCCGCCUAACCGAACAUGACAGAACUGGGUUCCGGGCAACAAUUCAAGACUAUGCGAGCAGUAUGCUGCGCCCAGUAGCUAUCGCAUACAAAGAUUUUGACGAAUCGGAAGUUUUCGAAAGCCCUGAUGAUGACCCCGCUACCAUUAAUCUUGAGUGGCUUGCCUCAGGGCUGAUUUUCAUUGGAUUUUUUGGCAUCCGUGAUCCUCUACGUGAGGAGGUCAUUGACUCGGUCAAAAAAUGCCAAGACGCCGGAGUGUUUGUUCGCAUGGUUACCGGCGAUAACUUCCUAACGGCCAAGGCUGUUGCCGCUGAAUGUGGCAUCUAUUCGGGCGGCGGGAUUGCGAUGGAUGGCCCAACUUUCAGAAAGCUUUCUGAUGCUCAGCUGGAUGAGGUGAUUCCACGGCUUCAAGUCUUGGCUAGAUCGAGUCCAGAAGACAAGCUCCUCCUCGUAACCCGCCUGCGCGAGAUGAAGGAGACUGUAGCCGUCACCGGGGACGGCACGAACGACGCCCUUGCACUCAAGGCUGCAGAUGUUGGAUUUGCAAUGGGAAGUCAGGGCACCGAGGUUGCCAAGGAAGCGGCCUCUAUUAUUCUUCUUGAUGAUAACUUUGCGUCCAUUGUAAAAUCCCUGAGCUGGGGUCGCACAAUCAAUGACGCCGUAAAAAAAUUCUGUCAAUUUCAGUUCACCAUAAAUAUCACCGCUGGUAUUCUCACCAUUAUUUCGAAGCUUUUCGGCGACUCUAUCUUCACCGUGGUGCAGUUGCUCUGGAUUAACUUGAUAAUGGACAUAUUUGCAUCUUUGGGUCUCGCUAGUGAUCUUCCCUCCCCCGACUUUCUAAAGCGCAAGCCAGAACCCCGAAAUGCCCCUAUCAUCACUAUUACAAUGUGGAAAAUGAUCCUGGGGCAAGCCAUCUAUCAGCUUGCAGUUAUCUUUACAGUACACUACGCUGCCUGGGAAAUAUUCGAUCCGCAUACAGAACCGGAGAUUGAAAAGUUGCAAACCCUGGUGUUUAACAUUUAUGUCUGGAUGCAGUUUUUCAACCAACAAAAUUGCCGAAGGGUGGAUAACAAGCUGGACAUCUGGUAUCAAGGAGUGCUACGUAAUCCUUGGUUCAUUGGCGUCCAAGUUCUCACUUUGGUUGGCCAGUUUAUCAUCAUCUUCGAGGGUGGUGAGGCUUUUGACACUGUACCCCUGACAGGAGCGCAGUGGGGAUGGAGUCUACUUUUUGGAGUACUUACCCUUCCCCUCGGCGCCCUGAUACGCCAGGUGCCAGACAGAUACGUUGCCUAUUUUUUUAAACAAGUUGGGCGCCUUCUUCGAUGGAUUACCAAGCCAUUCAAGGGCUGGUGCUCCUGCUUUUCUAUUUUACACAUUCGCAGCCGUGAAAAGCUCGAUCAAGGGUCUCGGGAGAUGAGUCCCUCUACCAAGGGUGUGAAGGCCGGCGGUGAAGAUAUUGCAGCCGCCAAGAGGCCUCUAAGUAGAUCAACGCAUAGUGAAGCAUCUACUCACAGAAGGCACGCAUCGGGAGCGGUUGCUGGAAGCGCCAGUGAGGUCUACGAAGAUGUAGAUCUCCAAGCAUUAGUCGACGCAGCGAGAUCGGGUCGUUCUGUAGGCAAGAAUGUCUUGGAACUUCAUCCCAAGACAUUGGCAGACGACUCGGUCAUUCGAAAGAGAACCAACCUUAGUCUGCCGCCGAGUCAAGAUCCGGCAAUUAUGCAGUUCAUGGAUAGGACGCAUGACGAAGAAUCUGCUCCUGUGCCUCGAAGAAGACAACGAGCAAGAGUCGUUUGGGUUGAACCAGCUCGACCCAGGCCAGUUUCCACGCCACAUGAGCCGGGGUGGACAUUAGAGGGUUUCCUGCGGUCUAAGCGUCGAUGA